AACGUCCUCCUCUUGAAGUAACCCGUUUUUUUUGUUGUCUGUACAUUGUGUUGACCACGGUUGCGUUCGCGUCUAAGACGGCAUACGUCUGCAUUUAUCGAAUGAAGCUCCGUUACAAGAGUGAAAAUCUAAAACUACGCUUGGGAAAAAGGUGCGAUGUCUGUCGAGAAGUUGCAGCUGUAUCGAGAGCAGAUGCGCACAGAGCUGGACAAAGUGGUGGAUUUCUGGCAGAAAUACUCUCAUGACACACAAUAUGGUGGAUUUUUCACUUGUAUAGGGAAAGAUGGAAAAAUCUACGAUGAGCUGAAAUAUGUCUGGUUGCAGGGGAGACAGGUGUGGAUGUAUUGCCGCCUAUACAGGACAAUGGAGCGCUUCAACAAGCCUGAGAUCCUGGAAGCCGCCAAAUCUGGAGGUGCAUUCUUGCGACGCUUCGCUCGCAUUCCCAGUAGUGGCAGCCCAUGGAAGUGUGCCUUUUGUUUGACCAGGGACGGUAAAGCCCUGAAAGUGCAGAGGACCAUCUUCAGCGAGUGUUUCUAUGUCAUGGCCAUGGAUGAGCUGGCUAGGGUCACAGGAGACAAAGACAUGCAGGCGGAAGCAGCACAAAUGAUGGACCAGCUGGUCCACUGGGUCAGGGUGGACCCAUCAGGCCUGGGCAAGCCCCAGCUUUCUGGAGACACCCCGGUCUGCAGCAUGGCUGUCCCCAUGAUGCUGCUGUGUCUGGUGCAGCAGCUCACAGAGGCCCGCAGCGGGGAGGAGGUAGACAAGUACAGGGAGGUUGGAGGCUGGUGCGUAAAGCAGAUCCUUCAACACCUUCAGAGAGGUGGUACGGCUAUUUUGGAAAGUGUCUCAUCAGAAGGAAAGGAACUUCCUGGUUGCGAGGGGCGACUGCAGAACCCAGGCCAUGCACUGGAAGCAGGCUGGUUCCUGCUUCAGUACGGUUUGGAAAAUGGGGACCAGGAGCUCCAAAGGACAGCAGUGGARAAGUUCAUGGAGAUCCCCUUUCUGACAGGCUGGGACAAGGAGCACGGAGGGCUCCUCUACUUCCUGGAUGUGGACGGUUACUGCCCCACACAGUUGGAGUGGAGUAUGAAACUAUGGUGGCCGCACUGUGAGGCUCUCAUCGCAUACCUGAUGGCCUACAGCCAUACCAAAGAGCCAGCCCUGCUGGAGCGAUUCUCUCAAGUGUACGACUACAGCUUCAGCCAUUUUUCUGAUGCGGAGAAUGGCGAGUGGUUUGGAUAUUUGACCCAGCAAGGGAAAGUGGCACUGGAUUUUAAAGGAGGGCCUUUCAAAGGUUUCUUCCACGUGCCUCGGUGCCUUUAUAUGUGCGAGAAAAUCCUGGACUCUAUACUGAACAAACAAGAAUCCUGAGGUCACCAACUAGCAUGACCUGGACAAUGUCAUUUUKUAAUCAUUAUUUACACUGAGUAUGCAAAACAUUAAGAACACCUUCCUAAUAUUGAGUUGCAUUUCCCCCUUUUGCCCUCAGAACAGCCUCAAUUCGUCAG